AAGAUCAGGAGAUAAAGAAGCUUUGAAUCCCACUGCAAAUAGCCACAAAUUAUUUAACUUCUUUUCCAGUCCCAGUAUAUUUUUUUCUUCCUGUUCCUUGGGCUGGUAAGUGAUAUGGACUCAUCUUGAGGGAGGGAGAGCAAGGAUCAGGUUUGUCACCAGCUGAUAAAUAAUUAACAAUACGAUCCACUGUUCAUCUGGACUGUAGUCGCAGUCUCAGCCUUCAGCCAAGAGAACUUCCAAACAGUGGAAAGGAAGGCUCGUUUGCAAAACCUCCCCCGACCCCUCUUUGCCCCCCAUGGCUCUCUCAACUGAUCAAGUCUAUUACUCGACCCUGAAUGCCUAUCAGAAUAUAAUGGAACAGUUCAAUCCUGGAUUGCAGAAUCUGGUGUUACUUGGAAGCAACUUUGUCAGAGCGUUUAGAACACUGACUGCGGCAGCCAAUGCGUACUUUGUCGCGGUUGGGAAGUUUGGUGAGCAGGCCCUGAAGACGUCAACAUCGCAGACACUAGGUCAGGUCCUGUUACAGAUGGCGGACACCCAGAGGGAGUUCAGCAAUGACUUGGAACUAAUUUUCCGAAGGUUUAAUGAUGAGCUUCUUCGGGAAAUGGAACAUAAUACCAAACUGGACAUGGAUUAUAUAACUAGAAGCAAGUACCAAUUUGAAAAGGAACACAGCGAGAGGAGUCAGACGUUAAAAGAUGCAAAUGCAGAGCUACAGAGGCUGGACAGCACGAGAAAUCCACACACCAGGGACAUGCAGGAGAGGCUCCACAGUCUCGAGACUGGCAUGGAAUCAUUUCUCAAGAACAGCUACAAACUAGCCCUGGCAGAAGAACGACGUCGCUAUCGGUUCCUCGUUGAAAACCACUUCCAUUUGUCCUACUCCUUCCUCAGUUUCUACAACAAGGCACGAGAUUCCCUCCACAACAAGGUUCCAACAUGGAGAGAACACACCAGCACCGCAAGUUGUGGCAACACCUCAGGCAGAGCCAGCCCCCGCCCGCCUAACAUGGGAAUGCCUCUCAACAUGAACGAUGCUUCCAAUGUCAACAGUAUCUCAAGACGCAGCUAUAUUUCCAGCCCUCAACCUUCCAGACGCGAGAUAAAUGGAGCUGAGCUGUCACCAUUUUCAAACCGUGAGCCGGGGAAAGCAGGAGAAAGGAGCCCUUCGAUGAGACUGGGCUCUGUCGGUAGUCUGUCGAAUUGUGGACUGCAGGGGGACAGUGUCAGUGCAUUGACCAGUACUCGUGUCCAGGCUGUGAUCUCCCAUUCUGCUGCAGGAAAUCAAACCAUGCUAAGUUUCGAGAAAGAUGACAUCAUUAUGAUAUUGGUGCCAGAGGCAAAGAACGGCUGGCUGUUCGGAAAGCUUGAAGGAACAGCAAAGCAGGGCUGGUUCCCACACUCAUUCGUGCGGCCUUUGCAAGGAGAGGUCCAGACACACCAGCCAUUACCCAGGGCAUUUCCAAUGAGGAGCCAGCGGAGUGCUGAAAACCUGCUGGACCCCAGGGAGCAGUACGUGUUACCUCGGGUGGAUUACAGCAACCCUGCAGCAGGCACGAUCCCCAUCUCACCACCCCCCCUCCACAGCACGUCCCGGAGCCAUAGUCCAGCUCCUCCUAACCCGAGCAGCAGGCGGAACAGUGCAGCCAGCUUGGCCGUGUCGGAGAGCGGCCAAAGCAGAAUCUUCGGUGGUACAGAUGGCCCGCAUGAGCUUUUUCCAAGGGGAACCAAUCCUUUUGCCACUGUGAAGCUGAAGCCAACUAUCACCAACGAUCGAUCGAUGCCUCUCAUCCGAUAGAGUGGCUGAUGCAGAUACAAUGAGGAGCAAACUCAGCCGAACUUUACAUCCCCAGAGAGAUCACAAUCAGUACCAGUGUUCUUUAUCCAAACCUUUUUUGGGGUUAACGUAUUUAGAUCUCAAAGGAAAAUAAAAAUCAAGUUUUAGUAUGGGAAGCCCCUGACUAAUAUAGCUUUAAGGGUUCUACUUCACAAUGCCACACAUGGGAAUGCCAUUAGUAACAUGCCACUCACAUUCCAUGUGAUUUGAAAUGAGCAACCUUAUUAUCUGAUCUACUUCAGUAAACCUUGAUUCAGUGACAAUGAGGGCACAGAAUUCACUACUAUGGGCUGGGCAACCUAUGCUUGCAGAGGAGAGAGGGAUGGCUUGUGUGGGGAAUUAAAACACUUCACUGGGGUCAGUGGGAUCCCGAGCUCUUCCAAAGCUGGAUGCAAUGCCCCAUCACUAUGGAGAUGCCAGAUUUGGUGUGUUGGUCUCAGAGUGAGGAUAAAGAAUUCCUGGGAUUGCUGGAAGAUCCCUGGGCCUCCCAAAGGCAGGAACUUCCAUCACAUUUUAAGUUUAAUUCAGAUAAGUGUGAAGUGUUACAUUUCAGGAAGAUAGAUCAGAGUCGGACUUCCACAGUGAACGGUAGGGCCCUGGGGAGUGUUGCAGAACAGAGGGGUCUACGAGUACAAGUACACGGUUCCCUGAAAAUGGCGUCACAGGUAGACAGGGUGGUGAAGAAGGAUCUUGGCACGCUGGCCUUCAUCAGUCAGGGCACUGAGUAUAGAAGUUGGGAUGUUUCAGUUGUAUAAGAUUUUGGUGAGGCUGCGUUUGGACUAUUGUAUUCAGAUUUGGUCAGCCUGCUAGAUGCCAUUAAGCUGGAAAGAAUGCAGAAAAGAUUCACAAGGAUGUUGCCAAGACUCGAGGGACUGAGUUAUAGAGAGGUUGCUCAGGCUAGGACUUUAUUCAAUGGAGUUUAGGAGAAUGAGGGAUGAUCAUAUAGAGGUGUAUAAAAUCAUGAGGCCAUAGAUAAGGUCUUUUCCCCAGAGUUGGGGAAUCAAGAACUAGAGGGUAUGGGAUUAAGGUGAGAGGGGAGAGAUUUAAUAGGAACCUGAAGGGCAACUUCUUCAUGCAGAGGGUGUUCUCUGCAUGGAAUAAGUUGCCAGAGGAAGUAGUUGAGGCAGGUACAAUAACAACUUGUUAAGGCAGUUGGACAGGUACAUCGAUAGGAAAGUUUAGAAGGAUAUGGGCCAAACGUGGGCAAAUGGGACCAGCUUAGAUGGGCAUCUUGGUCAGAAUGGACUGGUUGGGCUGAAGGACCUGUUUCCGUGCUGUAUGACUCUAUAAUUAUGACUCUAUGACACCUCCUGGAACUACACAACUUCUGCUAUUGACUGGGUCCAUUGUUAAAUUUAUAUGCAGGAUUUAUUUAGAGACCUCUAAAUUUAGGAAGGAUGUGAAAGCUUUGGAGAGGGUGCAGAAGAGAUUUGCAAGGAUUCCAGGGAUGGAGGACUUUAAUUAUGUGGAUAGACCGGGGAAACUGGGUCUGUUCUCCUUGGAGCAGAAGAGGUGGUGAGGGGAGUUGAUAGAGAUAUUUAAAAUCAUGAAGAGUGUAGACAGAUAGAGACUGUUCUCAUUAGUGGAGGGGGUCAAGAACCAGAGGACUUAAGAAAAAGAAGGCCAGAAGUCACCCGUGGAAAAAUCACCAACCACGAGGGCACUGUCGUUGGGAGUAGUGAAGGCAAAUUCAGUUAUAAUAUUCAAAAGGGAGCUGGAUAAGUCAUAGAGUCACACAGCAUGGAAACAGGCCCUUUGGCCCGACUGGUCCAUGCCGACCAAGAUUCCCAUCUACACUAAUUCCAUUUGCCUGCAUUUGGCCCAUAUCCCUCUAACCCUUUCCUAUCCAUAUACCUGUCCAAGUACCUUUUAAAUGAUGUCAAUGUAUCUGCCCCAACUAGUGGUUGGGUAAUAAAUGUCUGAUAAAAAAAGAAUUUGAAGGACUACAUGGAUGGGGAAAAAGAGUGGGACUGACUAAAAUGCUUUCACGUGGAGCUAGUAAAGACUCAAUGGGCUGAAGGGCCUCCUUCCAUGCUGUAACCAUGCUGUGAGGUUGAUAGACUUUUGUGAACCAAAGGAAGGGAAAGGGAGGCAGUGGGAGGGAGAUGGAGCUUGAUCACAGGUCAGCUGUGAUCUCACAGGAUGAUGGAAUGGAACAGUCUUGAAGGCCACCUCCUCUAUUCCUGCAUAGCUACUUCACAAGGUGGGGUGGAUCUCGAGGUCGAAGAAAAUAUUUUCCCCAAGAUCUCCAUUCUUGCAAAAAUAGAGGGUCUGCUUGUUCAUCAUUAAUUCAUUUGUGUUCGAUGGUUUGGGAAGCAGGAGGUGACUGGGGGUGAGAUAGCUGGAAGGAAAGGGGAUAGAGGGGAAGGGUGAAUGGAGGACUGUGAGCCUGAUUCCAUUGAUAAUGUCCAAUCAAGUUCAAUGUACUGAGGGAACUUAGUCAAGUGCUGUCAGAAUCAGAUUCAGAUUUAUUAUCAUGGACUUAGAUGACAUGAAAUUUGUUGUUUUGCAGCAGCAGUACAGUGCAAGACGUAAAAUUUCUAUAAGUUACAAAAAUAAAUAAAUAGUGCAAAAAAAAAGGAAUAACGAGGUAGUGUUCAUGGGUUCAUGGACCGUUCAGAAAUCUGAUGGCAGAGGGAAAGAAGCUGUUCCUGAAACGUUGAGUAUGGGUCUUCAGGCUCUUGUACCUCCUCCCUGAUGGUUGUAAUGAGAAGAGGGCAUGUCCCGGAUGGUAAGGGUCUUCAGUAAUGGAUGUCACCUUCUUGAGGCCCCAUCUCUUGAAGAUGUCCUCGACGGUGGGGAGGGUUGUGCCCGUGAUGGAGCUGGCUGAGUCUUCAACCCGCUACAGCCUCUUGCGAUCCUGUGCAUUGGAGCCUCCAUACUGGGCGGAGAUGCAACCAGUCGGAAUGCUCUCCACCGUACAUCUAUAGAACUUUGUAAGAGCCUUCUGUGACAUACCGAAUCUUCUCAAACUCCUAAUAAAGUAGAACUGCUGCCGUGCCUUCAUCAUGAUUGCAUCAAUGUGUUAGGCCCAGGAUAGAUCCUUUGAGAUGUUAGUACUGUACGGAUAUCGUUGCAUGGUACACGUCGGAAAACACUGUAUAUUUAACUCUGUGUUGCAUUAACUGAUGAUGUUCAGAAGAGAGCAGAAUAAAAACAGAAAACGCUGGAUAUACUCAUCAGGGCAGGCUGCAUCUGAGGGAAGGGAGAGUUAACGUUAAGUUCUGAUGCAGGGUCUUGAACCUGAAACAUUAACUCUGUUUCUGUUCCCACAGAUGUGGCCUGACCUGCUGAAUAUUUCCAGCAUUUUCUGUUUUAUUUUAUAUUUCCAACAUCUGCAGUUUUUUUCAUUGGUUAUCAGAAAAGGAACAGAGAUGGAAGGAAAACAGCCAGGGGAGUGGUCAGAGGGUCAGGCAGCAUCUGUGGAGAGAGGAGCAGCCACAACAUUUCAGAUCACUAACAUUUGAAAGGUUAUCAACUUGAAACGUUAGCUCUUUCUCCACAGGUGCUGACUGACCCGCUGAGGAUUUUCUGUUUUUAUUUUAGAUUUUUAGCUUCUGUGGCACUUUGUCUUGUCUGUAAAGUGAAGAGAAAGAAAUUACCGUAAAAAAACAUGUUUAUGUCAACUUUUUGGGUAUUGUUGGUGGCGGCUGAAUAAAGUGGGUGGUGGUUGGAGGUGGGGAGGGGGAGGACAUAUGGUGUGUUUGUCCCAUAAAAUUAGGCUUGGUUAAGUUUGAUAUUAAUUUUUCAUGUAUAAUCAUAUUUUGUUGAACUUUUCAUGAAGCAAAAAAACUGCAAAACUUCACAU